UGAGGUCACAUGGGGCAGCACAGCCAACCAGCUGUUCUUCUAGCCUACGUAACCUUCACUUCCUGGUGCGCGACAGUCAUGUGGCUGUAGUGGAGCCAAUAAGGAGAAACUUUUCUCCCCACGUGACGCGAGCUCAGAUGUGUGAUUGGCUGCUUAGGUGAGGUGGUUUCCUAGGUGAUGGAAAAGGCGCGAAAUACCUUCAGGCCGACUGAGGAGUUUGGACAAUUGUGUUUGGAAUUGAGGAAUGGACUCGUCUGUGGCUGCCAUUGGAGAUGUGCAAAGUGUACUUUUGGCUAUGCAGAAGAACUUGGAGUGCCCAAUAUGUUUGGAGUUGAUAAAAGAGCCAGUCUCAACAAAAUGUGACCAUAUAUUCUGCAGAUUCUGUAUGUUUAAACUUCUCAGCAAAAAGAAAAAAGGCCCAGCACAGUGUCCACUGUGUAAGACUGAGGUUACCAAAAGAAGUCUUCAGGAAAAUCCAAGAUUUAAACAGCUAAUUGAAGGGCUACUGGAAACUAUCCGUGCUUUUGAACUUGACACUGGAAUCAAGUUUUUAAACAGUCAGGAUUUUUCUAAAAACCCUGUCGAAACCAAUUCUACUGAGCUCUUGUGGAAGGAAGGUUCCAUCAUCCAAAGUAAAGGCUAUAGAAACAGACAAAAAAGAAUUAAAGAACAAGAGCAAGAAAAUCCUACCUUGGAAGCUAAUGCUGGUGCCCAGGUUGCAGACAACAUGGUCAGGAGGAGUUCCCUCAGAAACAAAAGGCAGAAAUGUGAAUCUGGUAAAGCAGUGUACAUCGAAUUUGGAUCUGAUUCUUCUGAAGAUCUUUUUAAAAAAGCAGGUGGUUGUGGAAUGGGGGACACAGAAUUAUUUCAGACUCCACCUCAGAAAGGAGAGCGUGAGGAAGAACUAAAGUAUGCUGAGAAGGAAAGUGAAAGUCCAUGCAACAUGUGGCCUAGCAUGUCAGAUGCAGGAGAAAUACUCUCAUCGGAUAUCUUAGGUGAAUGUGAUGUCUCAGAGGAAGACAGCAAAGACACUUGGAAUGGCAUCGAAGAUUUUGAGGCUGCUCAAGUGAAUGUGGCUGAGGGUCAUUUAAAAGAGAGCCAGAGCAUUUCUGCUUCACACUCGCAGGCAGAACAGUGUGACAGAACAGCCAACGCCAGCUCUUUACUGAAUGAGGACACAAAUUUAUUCCACAGUGCAGAAGAAAUGUAUGCUGGGGAAACUCCAUUUAGUAGUGAAAAUAAAGAGUCUGGCUUAGCGCACAGCUCAGAAAACCAAUUAGAUAAAAGCAAGAAGACAGGUAACAGUGUCCAGCAUACAGAAGCUGUAGAAACAUGUCAACCUGAGAGUAACUCCCUGCAUGAAAGGGAACCUGCUUCAGAGAGUCUAUUGCAGCCCAAGACUCUUCACGGCAAUCCUUUGAGUCAAGUUUCAGGGAAAAGACUGAAGAGAAGCAUUCAAAAAGUCAACGAGUGGUUUUCUAAAAGCAAUGAGAUGCUCUCUUCUGGUUCCUCCCAGGAUGCUCCUGCUGGGGCAGCUGACACAGAAGAUGGAAAUUCAGAUUUAUCGGACAAAGAGUCCUGUAUUUCAGAGAAGACUGACCUGAUGGUAAACUGUACAGAAGUUGUGGUGGGAUGUGAAAAUGAUAGGAGUUUGUCAAAAUCAACUGUGCAUAACAUUGAAGAUAAAAUAUUUGGGAAAACGUAUAAAAGAGAAAGGAAGUCAACCCCUCUUGCCCACACGAGAGAGAUGCCACUGAGUCCAAAAGUGGAAGAUGUUACUACUGAUGUGAAAUCCUCAAGUAAUUCCAGAACAAGUAAAUUAAAACGGAAAAGAAAGACUGCCUCUGAUCUCCAACCUGCGGACUUCAUCAAGAAGAGAGAUGAAAAGGAUCUAAAGAAACACUCUGAGGGCGUUAAUCAGUGCAUUGUUGGUAGAAAUGCUCGAAGGAAAAAAGGUGGUGAAGGUUCCACUGUUGUUAACGGGAGUCCCAUGGGUGUGAAAAAUGAUACUGAGAAAGUAACUUGCAACAGCACUGAUGGAAAGCCAGCACAGGAUACCUGUGACCGAAAGAAUACUAAAAAAAUGAGAAGCUCAUUAACAAAAAGAAGUAAACAUUCAGCUAGGCCCGUGUGUGCUCUGCAGCUGGUAGUGGAUAGAAACUCAAGUUGCCCUGAUCAGACUGAGCUGCAGAUUGAUAGUUACCCAAGCAGUGAAGAGCCAAAAAAAGUUGAUUCAGAAAAUAAACGAGUCAGACGCAGCAGGAGGCUUCAGUUACUGACUGAAAAAAUGACAAAAGAAACCAGGAGAAGAAGUGAGCCAAACGAGAGAGCAAGAAAGCAUGCCAGCGAAAGCAAAAAUUCCUCCUCUGGAUUGCACGUGAAUGUGUUGGUCCAUGUCCCUGAAUGCAAAGACCCUGAUGAGCAGCAGGAUGUACUGAACCAUAGCAUACCUCUGUCAGACACUGAGCUGAAGGGCAAUGCCUUAGAAGUAGAUAAAACACCCCCUAAUCCUGAAAAUUGUUCUGAUGGAAUGCAAACUGGAAAAGGCCUCUUGUAUGCCGAAAUAUUGGUGGAGGAUUUAAAUGCUUGUUCUGUUGUGCCUGAUACAGAUUCUCAAGAUAAUGAAAAUCAAGGAAGCCAUUCGCUCCUGCAGCCUCAUUCCACAAAUGUGGAUCAAGCUGCCUGCCUAGUGCAGAAUUUGUCUGAGAAUAAUCAGUGUGCUGCAGUUGAGCUCAAGAACAGAGAGUUGUGUGCGUGUUCACCCAAGACUAAUAGACAUUUCCCAGAAAAUGACUUGGAAAGGUUCAGAAAUCCAAAGUCACAUGAAGCUAAAAUCAUUUCAGAGUUGAACACAGAAACUGAAGACAGUGAGCUAGAAACACAGUACCUGCGAAAUAUGUUCAGACAUUCAAAAAGACUGUCAUUUACCCUUCAUCCUAGUCCAGUCAAGGAAUCUGUGAUAGAAAGCACUGCUUCUGAAACUCUAAGGAAAUCAGGUGCUAGCUGUGUAGAAUAUAGGCAUAACAAUAGAGACUUAAAAAGUGAACCUCCAUAUGUUAAAAAAACAGUGGGCCUGGAUGAGGUUUGUGAGAGAGAAGAGCCUAAAACAUGUGAAUCUGCUAAAGGUAUUUCUGGGCGUAGUCCAGGAACUCACUUUUCCAGGGACACCGAACGUGGACAUGUUAGUGACUAUGGCAAGAAUAUUUCACAAGUUCCAGAUCAAGUGCAGUUAUUCUCACCACCAAGAGCAGCCACUGCCAAGAUUAAGAUUAAGAGUAGGAGCAGGAGCAGACUGCAAAAACGAAGGCAACCAAAGGAAAAGAGAAUUUCACCUGAAAUGAUGAUAGAAAGUCAAUUAAGUCAGAACCUAAACAAAAGUAACGGAAGCCUAGGUGACCAGAGUAAUAUAGAAGAGCGAAUUUCCCAAAGAACUGAUUUAAGCACAAUUAAUGAAACAGGAAGCAAUCAAGGAGUAAAAGCUGAAGAAGCUGAAAACAAAGGGCCAGUAUUAAAUUUACAGCCCAAGCCAAUGCUGGUACAUCCUGUAGUUUGUCGUCCAAGCCCUGCUGAAUUUAGCUGCAAAGUAAUUGAAAAGAACGGUUAUGAAGGGGAAUGCAAACAAGUAAAGAGUGAUAAAGAACAAGUAUCCCAAAUUGCCAGCAUAGGUGUGCCUGAGUGCUUAAUUUCAGGGGAGGCUCUGGAACAACCCACUGAAGGGACUAGUGGUUUUCCAUUGCUGUCUGAGACCCCUGAUAUCUUAUUGUGCACUGCUGGUGACAUUAAAGAGAACAUAAGCAUUUGUGAAAUUGAUAAGAGAGAAAUUUCUGCUGUAUUUGUUAAAACAGGUGAGAGAGCCUCAUUAAGAGAACUGGACAGUGGCAGCAGUAGUUCUAAGUCUAGGUCUCAAAACUUUGUUCGGGAACCCAGAAGACCAGCCUGGAAAUUGCAGUCCUCCGAGGAGGAUUCUAGUGAAGAUGAAGAACUACCUUGCUUUCAGGCAUUAAUAUUCGGCAAAUUAGUAAGCACACCAUUGCAGUCUACAGGACAGAUCAUGUCUAUAGUAGAGUCUUCAUCACCGGAAGAGAUUCUAGCAUUGUUGAACAGUAGCAGUGGCAAUAAUAAAGCUGUACAGAAAACGCCUGGAGUCCUCUUGAGAGAUGCAUGUGUUUCUCCAAGCCAAGAGUCAGAAUGCUCACUUAACUUAUUUUCUUCCCAGUCCAACAUGUCAGAAGAUUCAACCAAUAGACUACAAGAGCUGAAAAAGCCCAUAACACUUGCUCCUUGUUCCAAAGAAAUGAGCAGUUUCAGUGGAAGCAGAGAAGCUAGUCCAAAUGGUAAUGAAGAGCUGACAGGAAGAAAAACUGAUUUGGAAGAUGGACACCAACGAGACCAGAAUGUGCAACCAAAUUUAGGUGAAGCAUCCGGAUAUGACAGUGAAGCCAGUCACCAAGGAGAUUCUUCUGGGCUGUCCUCCCAGGGUGAGAUCCUUACCACCCAGCAGAAGGAUGCCAUGCAAAACAACUUAAAAGAACUUCAACAGGAAAUGGCUGUGCUUGAGGCCGUGCUGGAAGAGCAUGGAAGCCAGGGCUUUGAAUUCCCAACCCCACAGAGUGAACUGCCUCCUUCCCGAGUGGAAGGAGCACUCACCGUGGGACAAAUGAGACCAGCUAGAGGAACAGCAUUAAUUUCAGAAGUAAAUCUCGAAAAUCACAAAAUCAGCAGUUCAAAGGGACUUUCAGCUGAUGGGUUCCAUGUAAUGCCAAGUGAUCAUUCCAACACAAAAAAUAAAGAGCUAGAAGAAGAAGGUUUGAGGUCGCCUGCUUUACAGCUUUCCCGUCCUAAAUCCCAUCUUUUAAAAAAAGAAGCUCUGGAGCAAGGCCACUGGUGCCCGCGCCUUUGGAAAGCCAAAACUCACUCUCAGGAGGGAACAUUUCAGCGGGUUGGUGUGGCAGUGCUGCUGGAAAAAGAGGCAAUGAAACAACGUAAUCAGUAUGGAAUUGAAUCAGAAAAUGCAGCUGAGCAGGAAUUUGGAACAAAGCUAAACAGUGCAGCUGUUCCGUGUGGGAAUGAGAGCAGGACUCCAAACGGCUCUCCCUUGAAAUUUUCUGAAAGACUUACCCACUGUCAAACUGCAGAAUCAAGAAAUAGUGCUGCCAUAUCGUGGAAUGCGAAUAAUGGGAAGAGCACUCAGGGAUGUAAGCAGGAGAGAAGGGCAUUUUCCUAUGCAUCUGCUCUGCACACUGGAGUUGUAAAAGAAAAUGCCAAAAGCCCAGUUGUGACCUGUAGGAGACAAAUGUCAAUUGUAGCAUCAGGUCUGAACCAGAGAGAGCUUUUAUUGGUGCAGAAAUUUGCCAGGAAAACCCAGAGCACUUUAUCUAAUCAAAUUACUGAAGGAACAACCCAUGUCAUAAUGAAAACAGAUAUGGAGCUAGUUUGUGAGCGGACACUGAAGUACUUUCUGGGCAUUGCAGGAAGAAAAUGGGUAGUUAGCUAUGAAUGGAUUGUUCAGUCUUUUAAGGAAGGAAAGAUACUUGAUGAGUAUGACUUUGAAGUGAGAGGAGACGUGAUCAAUGGGAGAAACCACCAAGGCCCUAAGAGAGCUAGACGAUCCCAGACUGGAAAGCUCUUCAAAGACAUUGAGAUCUGUUGCUAUGGACCAUUCACCGAUAUGCGCACAGGUGAUCUAGAGUGGAUGGUGGAGCUUUGUGGCGCCUCAGUGGUGAAGCAGCCUCAUCUGUUCACACACAAAGCUAACUCUACUGCUGUAAUAGUUGUACAGCCUGAUGCUUGGCUCGAAUACGCAGGGUACAGAGUAAUCCAACAGAAGUGUACUGCCAUGGUGACCCGAGAGUGGGUUUUAGACAGCGUUGCAUGCUAUGAGUGCCAGGAGUUUGAUACCUACCUUGUGUCCCAGUCAUGAUGGUGCUGCUGCUCUUCUGUUCCCAUCACUCAGAAAUCCUUAUCAGUGCAGGCACUUAAGGACUAGGUAUUUUUAGAAUAUCUUGUACACCAUGUGUCUUUUAAUAAGCAAUGUUGUUUCAAGACAAAUUAUCCAAAGUUUUACUUAAAUCAGCACAAAAAAUAUUUAAUUCUGCCUUUGCACCAUAAAAGUUACUUAAUGGCUACUGUUUAAAGACUGUAAAACUUCUUGCUCGAAGUAGCCCUAUAAAAUUUAUGUAAAGUGAGUCAAACAAAUUUGUCACCUAUCAGGAAUAUAAAGCCGGACCUCCAAAGAGAAACAAUAAUGCAUUAUUUACCAUCCCAGCCAGAUCCUGAUUAUUUACUCCAGGAUGUUUUGGAAACAUAACUAUUUACAAGAGUUAUAUGGAGCUUGGGGCUUGAAUUAACUCAGCAGCGCAAGUGCCAUUUAUCUCCCUGAUUUUUGUUUGCAUAAAUACCCACUCUAUAGUGCUUAUACCAACACAUUGAAAUAUAACCAUUUUGGGAUUAGUGGUACAUCAACUCAUUUUAUUCUGGACCAUUGAAAAAGCUCUUUUGAAAAUAGUACAAACAGCUCUUUUGUUGUUUGUUGGUACUUAACACAAUUUCUCCAUCCUAAAGACUUAUCUACAAGAAAGAGCCUAAAAAAGAAGCCAACUUAACCAGCAGUCACUAAGAAGUUAAAGUAAAUCAGUCCUUAACCCCCAUUAGUGAUUGCUCUGUGAUAAUUUUAGUUCUAUGAGAGUAUUUGUAGCAUCCUGAUGUAGUAGUAAACAAGAUGCAUUGUCAUAUUCCUGCUACCUAUAAUAAGCCCUAAAAAACUCUUUGAUCAUAAUACUUCAUGCCUGCAAAAUGAGAGGUCACAAGGAGAAAGAACAUAUUGCUUUUGCCUGUUGCCAAGGAAUCAACCUUCAUAAAUAAUAUUGUACUUUCAGAGUAGAAAGAGAAACUGUUUUCAUAGUUAUAUUUUUAAAAAAAUUAUAGUACAGUUCAAAUAAUUGUUUGAUACAAUGACCUGCAGUAGGCUGGUCUAGAAUAUUUGUAUAAAGUAUAUUUGUAAAUGUCAGAAUAAAAGCAAAUAAAUGUGACAGGCAAGUA